AUGCUUCCCGAACCGACACUGAGCUUUACGCUCCCCAGCCUUCACGACGACACCGUCCUGGACUGUCGUGUCUAUCACUGCCAGGCACUAAAUCCGGCCGCCUCAAAUCCGCCACCAUGGAAGCGGCACGCCGCUAUUGUUGCCCAUCCAUAUGCGCCCUUGGGCGGGUGUUAUGACGAUCCGAUCGUCGACAUUAUUGCAGGGAGUCUGUUACGACUGGGUUUUCUUGUAGGAACAUUUAACUUUAGAGGGGCUUCCGGUUCAGCUGGCCGCACCUCUUGGACAGCAAAGCCAGAGCGCAGCGAUUACAUGUCAUUUGUUGGUUUCAUGGUCUACUACAUGCACUUUCUCGAUCCGUUUGGCGCGCACGCCGUGCAGUCACCGACAUCAGUUCGCACCCCGUCAGCUGCCGACACGCAAUCGAAGCAAUCUCGGCCAGAACACCCACUGCUGCUCCUUGGAGGGUACUCGUACGGGGCGAUGAUUACAACACAGAUACCACCCUUGACGCAUAUACUUGUACAAUUUAAAACCCCUGCGGUCGGGUCCGCGGCUGCGGAUAUACGCUUGCGCGCACAGCACUUGGCCGAACAGCAGAACGUGAUCUUAGCGAGCGCCAGGGCAGCACAGUCAAUGUCACCGCGGAAGAAAUAUUUGGGUAUGCGGGUCGGUGGCGAUGAAGAUAGUCAACGAAAGAGUCACGACUCACGGAGAUCAUUUUCCUUGGACGCAGAAGAUAAGAUUCGACGUGGUGUGAAUGAGCUGCUAGCCAAAACGAAGAGACACCAUCACAGGGGCGCCACACUCCCUGAAGAAAAGGAGGAGACGAGGCCGACACCUCAAGACACACCUCUAGCACUAGAGGAAGUUACUGGGUUGACACAGGUGCGGCCUGCAUAUCUCCUCGUAUCUCCACUACAAGGCGUCAUCACACAUUUAGCGACCAUGUCUUUUCUUCCCGCAUCGGCAGGACGAGGGUUAUUCGCUAGAGCGACUACGAAACCCCGGGAACAGGGAGCGCCGGCCUACACCUCUGAUCACCGACAACUGAGUGAGACGAAAUUGGUAGAAAACCAGACACUGGCCUUAUUCGGAGACAAAGAUGUUUUCGUACCGGUGGCUAAAUUAAGAAGCUGGGUACAACGGUUAGAGGGCAUCGUUGACUCGAAGUUCCAUGGAGAAGAAGUUGCUUCAGCCGGGCACUUUUGGACAGAGGAGAAAGUGGCGUACAUUCUCCGGGAUAGGGUGGUCGAGUUCGCUGCAGCCCUGGUACAGACUGAGGAUAAAACUGUUGAUACGGGCGGGUCAUGA